AUGGAGCGAGGUGGUAGUCCAAAUGGAGGCGACGUCAACCUCGACGUCAAUGUCGAUGUCGAAGCUCAGCACAGUAUACAAGAACCUCGUUCGAGUCCCGCGCCCCUAUCACGUUUGUUGAGUCGAAGAGAACGUGCUUCAAUGACGGGACAAGCUCAUCCCGCCGAGAUCGAGAGCGUCAAGUCUCAAGACUCGAAUACAAAUCGCCUGGCGGGUUCUCGAAGAUUUGCUGUACCAGGGUUCAUGCGAAUAUGGGGACGUAACAACACCACACCACAAUCCAACGAUGUUCGCUAUGCCACGGCUUCUCCCGCGCCGCUUCUACCCAUUGCUGAACCUCAAUCGCCGACGAGACCUGAGCCUAUUCCCAUCGAUCGCGACGUCAACGGCGACAACGAACUCCUCCUCAAGAUCCAUUGGAAGCGCAUCUCUCUGAAAUCCUGGGUGGAUCGACUAUUAGACGGCAUCGAAGACGGAGGGAAUACCAUGAAAGAGAGCGCGAUCGCCACAGGUCACGAAGAAAUCAUCGGCGACAUCCCAAGUUCUUCCUGGGCUGUAUACCAUGGGUUCGAUCGAGGCGCAUGA